AUGGGGUCGAAGACAGGAGAAAAUCGGUUGUCAGGGGAGAACAAAGUAUUAUACCAAACCAGACAGACACACACGUCCAAGCCAUGCUCAUCAGAAGCAAAUUUUUGCUCUGGAGACAUUGAUCAUCCGUGCGAUCAUCAAAUGUCAUUAGGCAGUGAGCCGGUGUGUGGGUGGGUACGUCAAAGUCAACCAAUCAAAAAAGAUUGGGUAAUCGAUGCUACGAUCAGAAUAUCAAUCGUGCCGUUGGCGGGCCGCGUUGCAAGGUGGGAUGGGGAUUUUGGUGGGCAGCGAGCUUGA